AUGAAUCGAUUCCUUAAUCGUCGAGACAAAGACAACUGCACCUCGGAUCGACGAGAUAGAAUACGAGAGAAAAAGAUAAGACCGCUCUCCAGCGAUUCACUUUGGUACUUCUUCAAAAAUAGCUCUCACAAGAAGCAAGAUCAAGAGCAUACGAAUAUUGUUGUAGAAAUUAAAAAAAAACUUGUCGAUGCAGGAUAUCCGGCCCUCAAAGACGAAGAAGUAAAUUAUGCCCUCGCAUCUGACUAUGCAGAUGGAGACCCGGAAAGGGCCUAUGAGAUGCUGGUUCUUUUUCAGGAGUCAGCAGAGGGCUUAAUUCAUCCUUGUGAUCCCAAUAUCACUUUAGUUGGGGCGAUUAAUCGGAAUAAUGUGACCUGUUACAUAGACUCAGUACUCUUUGCAAUGUUAGGAGGGCUUCAAAGUUAUGACUUGAUAUUCUGUGGAGAAUUUGAGAAAGAUACACAGCGGAUAUUAUCGCGCAUACUUCUCUUAUACGCAAACAUGCUCAGGACUGGAAAGCUUAUUCAUGCAGAUCUAACGAAAAAUUUGCAAGAAGCUCUAGUCGCUUGCGGCUGGGAACACAAUCAGACUGAACAACAGGAUGCUUCGGAAUUUUACGGAUUUAUCGCUCAAACUCUAAACAUACCCCUUCUUUCCAUGAAAUCUAACAUAUUUCAUCAUGCUACACCAGAUGAAAAUCACGAUCAUCGGAUUGUGGAAGAGCAAGUACUCAAUGUAUCUAUACCAGAUACUGAUGAUGGUCAAACUAUUCCGUUAGAACGAUGCCUUGAAGGAUUUUUAAAUAAUACUGUCGAAAUAACGCGCACUCUACCACGAACAGAUCUAUUUCAGUCCACUCGAUUGGACCACGAAAACGAAAUGUUGUGCCGCUCAGAGUCGACCCCCUGUGUGCCACUUUCUAGAUCACAAGCUGAGUCAUCAAUGCUCAAUAAUCUUGCGCGAUCCCGAACUGUAGAAGAGACAAACGUAAGACGUGGAUCCGCCUCCGAUGAAAAAAACUCAACUCUCCAACCUGCCUAUCAAGAAGGUUCCACCCGAAAAGAUGUUCGUAUAUUAGCUUGGCAAUUUUUCAAUAUUCUACCUUGGCAUGGAAAAAACUCAGCAACGGGAAAAUCAGUUGACAUAGAAAAGACAGCUCCAGCACUUGCUAUAUGCCUAAAGCGUUAUGGCUUCAAGGAUGGUCAGCCAUAUCGAAAAAGUACCCCUAUAGAUAUACCGAAGGUAAUGCUUUUACCGCAUUUGGUUGAUGAUGAUGGCCUGGACAACCCUGACCAAUUACAAAAUUUUAAGCUUGUUCUGAUGGCUGUGGUAUGCCACAGAGGACAGAGUUUGAACGAAGGUCAUUACACUACACUUGUCCGUCGAGCUGCACCUGUAGCUGAUGGUGAUUUAAACUCAGCUCGAAAGCUUAGCGAUGCCAGCAGGCCGCCACACUAUUCUGAAGAUCAAUGGUACAAAUUUGAUGAUCUUGUAGAGCCGCGAGUUGUGCAAGUUAAUUUUGAAGAGGCCAUCAUAUCUGAGAUGCCUUAUCUACUAUUUUAUCAGGUCCAACCUCAAUUUCAAUCGAACUUCUCAUCCUAUGAGUAUGCAAACUCUGAUCAGGAACCGCCAUCAUAUGAUUCCGGCGUAGCUCUAACUGCCUCAACCUCUUAUCCUUCAGAUGGUAUCAAAACCGGAAACGCAAGCUGUGUUGAGUGUACCAGUCCUAUUGACCAGGAAACUAAAUGUACUGAGAAUAUUCAUAUCAGAACGAAUUCUCUUAACCCCUUAAAUCUAGCUACAGAGGAGCGAGCAAGCAAUCUAGCCCCUCCAACUCUAAACCUAUCAACAUCUUCGUUCACAAUUAGUCUUGGGGACGAGAGUACUAAGGCCCGGCUCUCACGAGCAGCCUCAAAGUUUGCGAAAAAUAGUUGUCGGAGUCGACCAACGAGCCAAUCUGGAGAAAGUCGUAUAAGUGCUACAAUAUCUCGCCUUAAUUUAAUGCGAAGUAAGGAGCAACUGACACGGUCUGAGGCAUUCAAGGAGAGGUACAGCCUAGAAGAAGCUCUUGGAUCGUCACACCCCCUUACAAUUCCGGAAACAGCACCAAACCCCGGAGAAGAUAGUUCGGAUAAUUCGAAAAAAAAGAAAAAAAAGAGACGAUCGAAGAGUCGAGGGCAUAUUGAUAGAAAAGAGCGGGGUUCAAACCCAACUUGCUCGCUUGAAGAAAAGGGAAAAUUAAAGGAAGCUGAUAGAGAGUGCAAAAUUAUGUGA